UGAUGGAAUCCCGGUCUGGAGUGCCUGUAUAGUUGAUGGGGCAAACAGGCCUCCUGCAGAACUACAACUCCCAGGAGGCCUUGCCGCCGCUCUGCGGAAGAGCGCCCCAAAGUCACGGGAAGGGUAUAGUUGCUUCGGAUCCGCAGGCCUCGGUAGCCAAGCCAGGAUGCUGUUUUCUUAGUUCUUCUUCGCCCUCUCCCCAUCGCGCUCUCUAAUUGGUGAACCAGGAGGUUUCCAAGGUAACCGGGCAGUAGGGCGGAUCCUCCUAAGAAAGGAAAACGCAACCCAGAAGUGACGUUAUUACCUCGCGCCAGCGGCGAGAGGCUCCGAAGAUGGCGGCGCGCAAGGGUCGGCGGCGCACGUGUGAACCUGGGGAGUCUAUGGAGACCGAAUCCCAAGAAACAGGGUCUAAGGGUCAGGCUCAGGUCUACCUACCGGGCCGGGGACCGCCGCUGCGCGAAGGAGAGGAGCUGGUCAUGGACGAGGAGGCCUACGUGCUGUACCAUCGAGCACAGACUGGCGCCCCCUGUCUCAGCUUCGACAUAGUCCGGGAUCACCUGGGAGACAACCGGACUGAGCUUCCUCUUACUCUUUAUCUGUGUGCUGGGACGCAGGCCGAGAGCGCCCAAAGCAACAGAUUGAUGAUGCUUCGGAUGCACAAUCUGCAUGGGACAAAGCCCCCACCACCCGAGGGCAGCGACGAAGAGGAGGAGGAGGACGACGAAGAGGAUGAAGAAGAGCGGAAGCCUCAGCUGGAGCUGGCUAUGGUGCCCCACUAUGGAGGCAUCAACAGAGUUCGGGUGUCGUGGCUGGGUGAGGAGCCGGUGGCUGGGGUGUGGUCAGAGAAGGGCCAGGUGGAAGUGUUUGCGCUGCGGCGACUCCUGCAAGUGGUGGAUGACCCCCAAGCCCUGGCCACCUUCCUCCGAGAUGAGCAGGCCCGCGUGAAGCCCAUCUUCGCCUUCUCUGGCCACAUGGGCGAGGGCUUUGCCCUUGACUGGUCCCCUCGUGUGCCUGGGCGCCUGCUGACCGGUGACUGUCAGAAGAACAUCCACCUCUGGACGCCAACGGAUGGGGGCUCCUGGCAUGUGGACCAGCGGCCAUUCGUGGGCCACACACGCUCCGUGGAGGACCUGCAGUGGUCCCCGACCGAGGACACAGUGUUUGCCUCCUGCUCAGCUGAUGCCUCCAUCCGCAUCUGGGACAUCCGGGCAGCCCCCAGCAAGGCCUGCAUGCUCACCACCGCCACCGCCCAUGACGGGGACGUCAACGUCAUCAACUGGAGCCACCGGGAGCCCUUCCUGCUCAGCGGCGGGGAUGACGGAGCCCUCAAGGUCUGGGACCUGCGGCAGUUCAAGUCUGGCUCCCCAGUGGCCACCUUCAAGCAGCACGUGGCCCCCGUGACCUCCGUCGAGUGGCACCCCCAGGACAGUGGGGUCUUUGCAGCCUCGGGUGCGGACAACCAGAUUACACAGUGGGACCUGGCCGUGGAGCGGGACCCUGAGGCCGGUGACGUGGAGACGGACCCGGCGCUGGCGGGCCUCCCCCAGCAGCUGCUCUUCGUGCACCAGGGCGAGACGGACCUGAAGGAGCUGCACUGGCACCCACAGUGCCCCGGGGUGCUGGUGAGCACCGCCCUGUCGGGCUUCACUGUCUUCCGCACCAUCAGCGUCUGAGCUCGGCCUGUCUGUUCCUCCACUUACUUGGAACUGAAGUUGAAGUUCAUCAUUUCCCUGGAAGGGACUCGUUCAGAUCUGCUGGCCAGUGCCUCGCUGAAAGGACUUGGUUUGGCCCUUUGGCCACCAUGAUGGAUUCUGUCUGACUUACUGCUCUUUGCAAGGACUUGGUUUGGUCCAGUGCCCCUCUUGCUAAGAGAGAUGGUUUGACUUGUGGCUCUAAAAGUAAGACUCGGUUUGCUCCCCUUGAUUCCUCCACUGAAGCACUUGGGUUGACCCCUGUAAAACCACUGCCAUUGCCUCCAGUGAACCCUCUGACCCAAAGACUUGGGUCAACCCAGUGAGCCCCACCUGUCAGAAGAGUCCAUUAGCCCAUUUCCCAAAUGGGCCUGGGGUGGCCUGUGUUGCUGCGGGUAUUUUGUCAGCUGCAGGCCCUGGGCUUGACUCUCUGAUCUCUCUGCUGCUGGUCUCCCCCAGGGAACUCAAGCGCCUUAGAGUGGCUGGACCAAAUUCGAGCUGUGGGUCCCUCCAGCAGAAUUUGGUGUGGCCCUUGUCUUCCUGCCAGCUGGGCUGGACUGGGCGGAGCUUUCUCCCCUCCUCCCAGAGACAGGCACUGUGCAGGGGGCAAGUCAGGGGCUCUCGAGGGGCAAUAAAGGGCCAGAAUGGAGCCCGAACUGUGGGGGCUGGUCCUUCUGGCCGCAGUCUCAUGAGGAAACAGGGAGGGUUUGGCACCUGGCUGUCCCUGGACCGCUGGGUCCAGCCCUCAGCCCAUUGGCACUCUCUGGGUCUGCCUCUCCUAAAUUUUAUUCCAUCUGGAACUCACCCCAGGUCUCGGUGGGGAAGAGUUAUCUCAUGUGUGUCCCUGUGUGCUGAGGCUUCACCUCGGGGGAACCAGGGAGCCCCCGUCUCUCUCAUCCUUCGCCCCUGCCCUCGUCAUCACUUUCUCCCCAUUUCUUUGUUCCUUCGACUGUUUCCCCAUCUUUCCACAUCUCCUGGCCCCCAGCCUCUGUCUCUGUGCCCCCUCCCCCCUGUGUCUCUCCUCUGCCACCGCUGUCUCCUCUCCAGCCUGCUUGGGCCGCAGCCCAGCCGUCCUGCCUGGCCAUCCUCCCUGGCUCCCCCUCUGCGGCUCUGAGCUGGCCCCACCCCCUGCCCCCCCUCGGGCUAGGACUCCUCUGAUCCGCCCGUGAGCACAGAGGUCGGGGGCCCGAGACGGGCCGCAGCACCGCAGCACCCACAGAGGCCUUUCCUUGGCCCAAGCAGAGGAUCCCCCGGCAGAGGGCAUGGGGGUGGGCUGCCCCACCAGGUACGUGCCUCCACGCAGACACCCUGGGCAGGGGUCCUGACUUUGAGAGCUGUCCCCCGCCUCCCCCCACCAUCUUCCUCGCUCGGGUGUCUACCCCAGUGCUCCCACCCUAUCCUCCCGGUUCCUCAUCCCCCAGAUCUGGGGCCCCCAGCCCAGCCCAUCUCCCAUCUCCAUUUUCGGCCUUAUUUUCACUGCCUCCGCGGACCACCCCCCCCCCCCAGCCCCGGCAUCCUGCAUCUCUUCUCAUCCCAUCUUCGUCUCUGAUCUGGUCUGUCUCUCCAUUUCCUAAGAUGGGAUCUCUGCUUGCCUUUGCCCGGUUGCUCCUCCUUCCGCCUGCCUCUUUUCUGUCUCCCACUCUGUCCUCUCUGGGUGCCUGUGGCCGUGGGGAGGUCCUCUGUCCUUUCCUCUUCGGGACAGCCUCUCCCUGCCCAUCUCUUACCCUCUGUACCCUGGUCUGUCUGCAGUCUCCACGCUACACCCCCUCCUGGCAGUUUCUGCCCUCCAACCUGCUGUUGCUCAGGCCCCACUGGGGAGUCGGGGGAGGGUCGUGGGGGGACAGCCAGGGUCUCAGGGAGCAUGUGAAAAUGCUUCCAUUGGGGGAGGCGGGGGGGGGCAGCACUUGGGCGGGGCUUCUCGGCCCCAGAUUAGACAGUGACUUUGAAACGAAGUUGACGCACCUUAAGCCCCAUGUCGCCUUUAUAUGGAAACAUUAAGCUGCUCUCCCAGGUCAGAGGGAGGCGGUGAGGGGGUGGGGAGGGCUUGAGGCUCUGGAUCCGCUUCCCUCGGAUCCUGCUGUCGGUGAUGGGAGGUGCAUGGGCCCCAAGGCAGAGCCCCAUCCCAGCUCUCAGGGCCAUGCUGGACUCUUGACGGGACCCCCCCCAGAGGUGAAAGGCAUCCCCACCCCCACCCCCAGCCUGCCUCGUGAAAUGGACAAGAUCACGUCUGUCUCUUGGGGCUGAGGGUGACAACGGGAGGAUUUAGGGAAACGAGAUCCUGGGUUGCAGAGGCUCAGGACUCAAACCGGCAGCCCACCCCCGGCACUUCAUGGCUCUGGCCGGAUCUCUGAGUCCGCUCCCCAACCUGUGAAGCAGGGUGAUGAUCUUGACUUCCCAGCGUCCUGAGCGGCCAAGGUGAGCCCAGCGGGUGGGCUGCAGACUUCUGGGAGCUUGGCAAGGCUGGGGACCGAGGUGCUCAGGAAACAAGGGCGAGUGAUGAGGUGGUCUGUGGUCCCGUCUGGUGCUCAGGCUUGGGCACCAGGAAGGCUGGAUUGGAGUCCAGGGUCUGCUGUUUCCUUGACUGAGACACCUGGGACAAGGGAUGAACCUCAGUGCCUCUGUUUGCUUUCCCGUCAAGCAGAGUCCCCACACCCAUUGGUGUGGGUGUGAGGAGGCCCCCACCCAUCACCCACCUCCUGCAUCAUGUCAUCGGGUAGUGGGGACUCUGAGCAAGAGAGGGCUGCAAAUGGCAACAUUUGCCUGUAUUCUAACCUCAGACCUGCCCCCUUCAACAGCUUCAGUUGCCGCUGCUUGAAAGAACAGUCUCUAAUGCCCAGAAAGUUGAGGGUAUAAAAAAUGUUGGGGCACGUCAUGGGCUGUGCACACAACCAGGUCCGCUGACUGGAGCCUCAGCUUUGCCUGUGUAGAGUGGGCCUAAGAAAUGCCCAUAUUGGGGGUGGAGACUGGGUGGUCACAGACAGCAGGUCCAGAGCAGCGGGGCAGGGGAGUGGGGGGUACAUGCAAGUGUUGAACUUGACAGCAACUAACAACUCGUUCCUCAUAGAGAAAGUGCCCCCAGCAACCGGGCAAAGACAAGCAGACUUCCUUGUCGAUAGGCUCGUAGCACCCUAGAACCCGGCACAGGGAGUUCAUUGUACCCAGGUGCUUGGUAGGUGUUGAUGGAACUGAGAUGCAAAACGUUUAACCCCUAGCCCAGACAGGUCCCUGAAGUCCCAACACCACAGUGCCAAAUGUUAACGGCGCAGCUGCUGGAGGGCAAUGCGGUCUGCAGGUCCAGGCGGGCCCCUUUCUUCUUCUGCGUCCCCCUGGUUUAGCUAAGAUUCCCUCCAUUUCUCAGAUAAGGGAACUGAAGCUCAGGAAGAAAUGUGACUUGCCACCAUUCAUAUAGCUUUUAAGUGCCUGAGCUGGGAUUCAGCCUAGAACUGCCUGAUUCAAAAGCCUAAGUUCUUUCUUCUGGAUUCCUUUUUAAAGUUUUUUUUUUUUUUUUUUAAUCCCCAUUCCACAGAUGAGCAACCUCAGGCUCCAAAAAUUGAAGCAGGUGGUCCCAGAGCAUAUACUGGGUCAGCAACUGAGCCAGGAUGGGACCCUGGGUCUAUACAACUUGAUCCUGACCUUGAUAAAAUCCAACAUCCCCAUUUUACUGCUGAGAAAACAGGUUUAGAAAGGUUUCCCCAUGAUCUGAGAGUCAGGGCUGAGCCUAGGUUUUAUUGUGCUUGUUUUUCAUAACAGUUUCAUUGAAGUGUAAUCCACAUACCCUACAAUUCACACAUUAAAGUGUACAAUUUGGUGGUA